AUGGUUCACUCCCUGAGCCCCUGCACCGACGGCAGCGCCUCCCCUUGCGGCGUGGCCGUGCCCCAGCCCGUGGCCGACUCCUGCAAUGAGCCCUGUGUCCGGCAGUGCCCGGACUCCACCGUGGUCAUUUACCCUCCCCCCGUGGUGGUCACCUUCCCCGGGCCCAUCCUCAGCACCUUCCCCCAGCAGAGCACCGUGGGCUCCGUGGGAGCGCCCGAAGUCGCAGCCGGCGUCGGGGGCAGCGCCGGAACCGGUGUUGGAGCCAUCGUUGGAGGUGGUUUUGGUGCUGCCCGGACCCCUGGAGCCUCCCAAGUUUAUGGCGGGGCCAGGUGGGGCCGGGGGUACCCGGUGGGCAGCUGCAGACCCUGCUGCUAA